CAAGGUAUGGAAGUAAGAAGAACCAGUUUGAGAUCUGUUCUGUCUCCAUCCGUUCCUGGAACUGAGGGUCCAGGAGAUCCUCCUUUGCUCCAAUGUCAAUGGUCUCUUUCUCCGUAGGUGCCAGGCAGCCCACAGAGGCCAGUAAAGAUACCUGGAGUAUGAGUCAUUGGUCAGACACCCUUCCUGUGCCCUCCGGCCAGAGGAGAGACCAGGUCCCCAGAGACCACAGCAUCUAUCCCCAGCUGCUGGAGAUAACACUGCACUUGCGGCAGGCCAUGAGGGAGCACUUCGUGCAGCUGACGAGCAGACAGGGCCUGUCACUGGAGGAAAGGAAGCACACACAGGCCAUCCGUGAGAAGGAAGCCCUUCUGAGUUGCUUAAUACGCCAGAUGAUCAACCUCCUACAGUCUGAGGCCGCAAGUGACCUGGAGCUCCAAGUGCCUCUUCCUUCUGAGGACUCUAGGGGUGAUGUCAGAUAUGGGGAGAGGGCCCAACUGUCUGGACAGCCUGAUCCAGUUCCCCAACUGAGUGACUGUGAAGCUGCCUUUGUCAGUCGUGACCUAUCCAACCGUGGGAUUGACAUCUCUGUCUUCUAUCAGUCAAGCUUCCAGGACUACAAUGCCUACCAAAAAGAUAAAUAUCAUAAGGACAAGAACACCUUGGGCUUCAUUAACCUUGGCACCAGUGAGAACAAGCUCUGCAUGGAUCUGAUGACUGAAAGAUUGCAAGAAAGGGACAUGAACUGCAUUGAGGACGCCUUGCUGCAGUACCCUGAUUGGAGAGGGCAGCCGUUCCUGCGGGAAGAAGUGGCCCGGUUCCUGACCUGCUACUGCAGGGCACCUACCCAACUUGAUCCAGAAAACGUGGUGGUUCUAAAUGGCUGCUGCUCUGUCUUCUCUGCCCUGGCCAUGGUUCUGUGUGAUCCAGGCGAGGCCUUCCUGGUCCCUGCUCCCUUCUACGGUGGCUUUGCCUUUAGCUCCCGCCUGUAUGCAAAGGUUGAGUUGAUUCCUGUCUACCUGGAGAGUGAGGUCACUGUUACAAACACCCAACCUUUCCAGCUCACUGUGGACAAGUUAGAGGAAGCCCUGCUUGAAGCUAGGUUUGAGGGGAAAAAGGUCCGAGGCCUUGUGCUAAUCAACCCUCAGAAUCCUGUGGGUGACAUCUACUCCCCAGACUCACUAAUGAAAUACUUGGAAUUUGCCAAGAGCUUAAGUACUUUCUCCCAGCAUCCAUUUCGGAAGCCACUUGGGCUGGAAUGCCGAGGAAGACACUCUCAGACCUUGUGGGAUGAAGACGUGUUCCUACAGAGCUUCACGUUCCUUUCUAAGAGCAAGUUAACCUUAGUUUUCUCUGGAGUCCUGAAAUAUUACAAUUAUCGGGGGCUACCCAACGGUGGUGUCCCGUGUGCGUGCUGGCUUGAUCGGUUGAAUGGUUGGCGUAAGUUAGACAAUAGUGUUCUCGAAUGUGUCUUUUGUUCCUAUUUCGUUCUCAUUACCCCAGCCUACGGGUCUAAGGGUCCCUUCGUGGCUGCCCUGCUGUCUAGGAAGAACCUCAAGUCCACUUUCCCCUCAUAUACCCCAAAUCUUCAUCAACUAUUUCUCUAUAACCUUAGUUAUUUUUUCCAUUUCUUCUUCAGUUUGCCUGAUCGCAACAGGACCCAUGUGAUCUGGGGUACCAGUAAGGAUUUUGGCAUCUCUGGCUUCCGCUUUGGUGCUCUGUAUACCCACAACAAGGAGGUGGUCUCUGCUGUGAGUGCCUUUGGCUACCUCCACAGUAUUUCUGGCAUCGCACAGCACAAGCUGUGUCAACUGCUCCAGAACACAGAAUGGAUUGACAAAGUGUACCUACCCACCAAUUGCUACCGGCUCCGGGAAGCUCACAAGUACAUCACUGCCAAGCUGAAGGCAUUGGAGAUCCCCUUUCACAACAGCAGCUCUGGCCUCUAUGUCUGGAUCAACUUGAAAAAGUACCUGGAUCCCUGUACAUUUGAAGAAGAACGGCUCCUCUAUUGCCGCUUCCUGGACAACAAGCUGUUGUUAUCCCGUGGCAAAGCCUACAUGUGUAAGGAGCCAGGCUGGUUCUGCCUCAUCUUUGCAGAUGAGCUCCCCCGGCUAAAAUUGGCCAUGCGUCGGUUCUGUGACGUGCUGCAGGAGCAGAAGGAGGCUUUGAUAGUGAAGCAGUUGGAGGAUGCAAUGAGGGAGUAGGCCGUCUGCCUCCCAACCAGCAGUUCCAGCCCGUCACUUGCUCAGGGACCCACUAAUGUCAGCCUCUGGUCCAGAAGGCCAGGGUGUCUUUUUGUCAGUGUUGUGAUGGAGAAAAUGGUGGGCUCCUCCAGGAAGAUCUCAUCUGACCCAGUCGUCACCCUCCUGAAGCUGAGUGUCUGCUGUCUUUGGAAGCUUUCCAUCUUUUUAGUCUUUGCUAUCCAUUAUAUAUGCAACAUGUUUUUAUUGGGGUUGGGGUAGAAAGACCUAGAGACACCUAGAGAAAUAAAGGAAGUUCUCUGGGCCCCUAUUUAGAUGGUUUAUUUUUAUAUUCAGUACCUAAUAAAUUCUAUACUUUUAAAUUCUAGGCCCAUCUUAUUUUCUUGCUUAUAUUCUUCAUAAUCAUCUUUGGAAGCCAGAUGAUUUUCUGUCCUCUUUAAUUUUUAAAUUCUAAGGCAGGUUCCAUGUAAAGAAUACUGUCUAGAGCAGGCAAGAAAAAGAAAGAAGUCAUCCUUAACUGAUGGGCCAUUUUCCAGGUGUUGGACACAAUGUUCUAUAAGAUUCUUAUGAAAUCACAUCCACUUCCACAUGACCUGCUAAGAGGCAGGUGGGAGUGUAAUUGCAGGUAUUCCUGCUUCCAAAUACUAGAGUUUGCUCUACUUUUACCUUCCCAAGAGGCUUUUAAAGUCUCUUGUUGCAUACGGUGGCUCAAGCCUGUAAUCCCAGCACUUUGAGAGGCUGAGGCCAGAGAAUGGCUUGAGGCCAGGUGUUCGA